AAACUGAAAGUACAUUUCUAGUCAUCUCCAUCAGAGGAGACAACACCAGAGAGAGACAUCAGCCUUACAGCAAAACUGGACAUUCAGGUUAUUGAUACAAAAACAUGUGGAAGAUUUUGAACACUAUUAAAAAAAUUUGGAGUCCUCCUCCUCCUCCUCCUCCAGCUCCAUCUCCUUUUUUAGAGAAGCCACUGAGGAAGAUAGAAUGGGAUCAGAGAGAGAGAAACCUGCAGCUUGUGAGAGAUUAUCAGCCUCACAAAGAUGUCCAGCAUCUCAGAAUUAUGCUUCAUGGACCACCAGGUGCUGGAAAGUCCAGCUUCAUCAACUCUGUCGACAGUGUUUUAAGAGGCCAAAUCGCAGCUCGCGCUCUGGCAGCGACCAACUCUGGUGACAGUUUCACCAUUGAGUAUAAAACAUAUAAAAUUCAGAAAGGAAAUCCAGAAACUUUUUAUCCUUUUGUCUUCACUGACACCAUGGGCCUUGAGAAGAGCACUAACAGAGGAAUUCGAGUGGAUGACAUCAAACUUGCCAUGAGUGGACAUGUAAAGGAUGGUUACAGGUUCAAUCCCACAUCUCCCUUACCUGAAACUGAUCCUAACUACAACAGUUCCCCCACAAUAAAUGACAAAACCCACGUUCUGGUUUUUGUUGUUCCCGCCAACACACUGAGCAUAAUUGAUGAUGAAACGAUCGAGAAGAUGAGGGAUGUCAGAUUAGCAGCUCGUGACAAAGGGAUCCCACAGAUAGCUCUACUCACUAAAAUUGAGGGAGCCUGUCCUGAAGUCAACAAAGACAUAAAGAACACCUACAAGAGCAAGUACUUGAUUGAGCAGAUGGAAAAAGCGAGCAUGAUCCUGGGUCUUCCAAUGAACUGCAUCUUUCUCGUGAAGAACUACCACACAGAAAUCGAGACAGAUCACAACAUGGAUUCACUGAUACUGAGUGUGCUGAGAAAGAUCAUCGACUAUGGAGAGGACUACCUGAAUGACUUAGAUUUAGACCCAGCUGACGUGCAUAGAAACUGAAGAUGUAAGUAUCUGUGGUCACUCUUCAGGUGUUCCUGCUUUUAGUUACAAUCACAGUCACAACUAAAUGUUAAUUUCAUCAGAAUCUUUAUCUUUUCAACCUUUAUCAACUAAAUCAAAAUGAACUGAAAUGUGUCCAUCUUUGAUUAUCCAUAUUUCUAAAAUCACUACAUCUUUAUUUCAUGUUCAAAAUGUCAACUGCAUGAAGAAUUACUAAAAUAUGCAUGUAAACUUCUAUCUGCUCUGUAACUCUAAAAAGUCAUUGCAACCUUUGAUGUAAGACUGUCCUCUCUGUAUCAGUGCAUUAACACAGUGAACCCAAAUGUUCCUGAGAGAAGAUCAAAAGCUAUAAAGACACAUGUACAGAUGAAGGGUCAGAUGAUUUAAAGGGACUACAGGCACAUUGUGAUCUGUUGUGUUUGU